UCUUUGUGACAUAUCUAGUUUUGUUUACUCUUUCUCGAAGUCAUCUGUUUCACACAUAAAAAAAAAAUCCAAAUUUUUUACCUACCUCAGGAAGGGAUUAUCAAAAAGAAAUUAAUUUUGAUUGAGGUGCAAUGAUGACUGGUUUAAUGGACAAAAGAAAAAGAAGCCGUGAAGAUGAUUUUUGUGAGUCCACACCUCUUUCAAAGCGUAUCAACAAUCUUCAUAUAAACAACAAUAAUUUAGAGGAGUCAUUCCAUAAUCACCAGCAUCAUCAACAUCAUAAUCAUCAAAAUUAUAAUACAUCAAAUAAUAUGGGUAUGCAAAAUAUACAACAACAUAUAAACCAUAACAUGCAGCAGCAGCAAUAUCCAAACCAAGUUUUACAUCACCACAAUCCAAAUCAAGUGCCACAACAAGAUGAUUUCCAACAGUAUUCAUACGAUCCCGAAUUGAGUGAGCAUGAAAAUCCAUUUUAUUAUAAUAAAAAUAAAUUAUUGCACGAAUUGCAUUUCGAAAGAGUUAAAAGAAAUCAAAUUUAAUAAUAAUCAUAAUAAAUCUUUCGAAACACCUAUGUUCUAUGCAAUGGAUCAAAUUUAUGUGUACCUAUACUUAUAAUACCUAUCUAUAGGCUUUCCAUGAGGAUUGAUUUAGGAAUAUAAAUAAUAGUUAUUAAGUUAAGUUAAUAUUUAAUUAAAAACAAAAAAAAAAAUACAAAA